AUGCCCAACUCAGGUGGAAAUGGUUCAUAUGUUGCAGGUAAUAUUUACUUGAAAGAGCCAUACAAGUUUUAUUUAUAUCUAGGUGCCAAAGGGGAAGAUCAAUAUAAAGUCGAUGAUUAUAUCAAUCCAUCUCCCGGCGGUUGGAAUUUUGGAGGAUUUGGAGGAGUCGAUAAAUGUGAUAUUUAUCCAGGUAAUCCAACCCCUCCAGAAAGCGGUGCUGGUGGAGGUGGUGCUGUUGAUCUAAGAAUAGAUUAUAUUGACAUAAAUUCUCCCAAUCUUGACCACGAAUUGCUGAGGAAAUCGUUGAUGAGUCGAAUUAUUGUUGCAGGUUCUGGAGGGGGUGCUGUUUCUGAUGGAAAAUCUAUCGGAUUUCCAGGAGGAAAUCUUAAUGCUUUAAACAAUCGUGAAAACAUGUUUGGUGGCACUCAAACCAAAGGUGAGCUAGGGAUAGGAAUGAAUGGAACAAUCACAGACAAAAAUCAAGGAGGCCCAGGCGGUUGUGGUAGUGGAUAUAGAGGCUGCUAUAACACAUUCACAAAUGAUAUGACUGUGCAAUGGUCCUUCCAGGUUGGAGGGUCAGGAGGAAGUUCGUAUAUUAGUGGACAUCCUGGUUGCAUUAGUCCUCAGUAUCCUUCGGAUACAAUUGCAAAUCUGACUACACCAUUCCAUGAGUCUAAUUUCUAUUUCUCGAACACCAUCAUGAAGAAUGGCAAUGAAUCAAUGCCAGAUUCAUAUAGCACAAACAAUAUCGUUGGCCACAUUGGCCAUGGCGUUUGUCGCAUUACCUUUUUAUUCAAUCCUUAUUGUCAAACUCAAUUUGUUUGCUAUCUAAGUACUAUUUCUUUCUUUUUGAAUUCUCUAUUUAUCUUUCUCGUUUCAAAUUAA